AUGGAAGAGCUCGGCAUUACAGCCACCGACCCCACCUUGCUCCAAGCAGUCAAUGAGCAAACAAAGGUACACAAGGAGGCUCAACAAGAGGAGGAUACCUUUCUCCGCUUCAAGAAGCUCCAGCAACACCUCGAGUUUCUCGAUACCAUGACAGAAUAUGUCAAGGAAGAGCAAAGGAAUCUCAAGAGGGAGCUACUCAGAGCUUCAGAGGAGGUCAAGAGGAUCCAGUCUGUCCCCUUGGUCAUUGGCCAAUUCUUGGAGCCCAUAGAUGAGCACACCGGUAUUGUGGGGUCCACCACUGGAAGCAAUUCAGUCGUCAGGAUCCUGUCGACUUUGGAUCGGGAAUUGCUCAAGCCAAGCAGCUCCGUUGCUCUCCAUCGCCACUCUAAUGCUUUGGUCGACAUCCUCCCACCCGAGGCUGACUCCUCUAUCUCUCUACUUGGUCAGGACGAGAAGCCCACGGAGACAUACGCAGAUGUCGGAGGGCUGGAUAUUCAGAAGCAGGAGAUUAGAGAAGCCGUGGAGCUGCCCCUUGUGCAGUUCGACCUCUAUAGACAGAUUGGUAUCGAUCCACCUCGAGGAGUGCUCCUCUAUGGCCCUCCCGGAACAGGAAAGACGAUGCUGGUCAAGGCAGUCGCCAACGCCACUACUGCUUCCUUCAUUCGCGUCGUCGGCUCAGAAUUUGUUCAGAAGUACUUGGGUGAAGGGCCAAGGAUGGUCCGGGACGUCUUCAGGUUAGCUAGAGAGAAUGCUCCAGCAAUCAUCUUCAUUGAUGAGAUCGACGCCAUUGCCACGAAGCGUUUCGAUGCACAGACAGGAGCAGAUAGGGAAGUGCAGCGUAUCUUGUUGGAGCUGUUGAACCAGAUGGAUGGUUUCGAUCAGGACAGCAACGUCAAAGUUAUCAUGGCAACAAACAGAGCAGACACACUAGACCCAGCCCUCCUGCGUCCUGGUCGUCUCGACCGAAAGAUUGAAUUCCCCAAUCCUUCGCGUAGAGAGAAGCGACUCAUCUUCCAGACAAUUGCAGGCAAGAUGGCUCUUUCGCCCGAGGUGGAUCUAGAGGACUAUGUUAGCAGGCCGGAGAAGUUGAGCAGUGCCGACAUUGCUAGCAUCUGCCAAGCCGCUGGACUGCAGGCUGUGAGGAAGAACAGAUACGUCAUUCUGCCCGAGGACUUCGAGGAAGCUUGGAAGCAGACAGUCAAGAAGCCAGACACUGACAAGCCGGACUUCUACCGCUGA